GGUGUUCACAUUUUCGUAAUUUUUCAUUUAUGUUGCAAAAUUGAUGGCUACAUUAAUUUUGAUAGCCGCAAAGAGUUUCUAAUCACGGAAUCAGCAAAAAUGGACUUAAUGCAAUUGGAUAUCGAACUGAUAAGCAAUCUUAAAAUAUAUGCCGAGAAAAUCGAGGAAAAGGUGGAAAAGCUACAGAGAAUAGUUCAAGAAAUAAGACAACCACUGGAGGCGGCAAGAGGUAAAGAAGAGGAGUAUCUGGGCAAUCCUCUUCACAGUUUUCCACUUAUUCGACACAUGUACCAGGAUUGGAAAUACCUGGAAGAGUUUAUGAAGAAGCCAGUGGGGGAAGAACAAAUCGAUUUUCUAAAAAAGAAACUACCGGAAUUACCCUGGCAGGCGGAUAUCGAGGAAGCCACUAGGGCGAUGUUCGGAAUAGCAGAAACCUAUGGAAUGAGGCCUUGGGAAAUGGCCCAAGGUCUUAUCGAUAAUGUCCAGUUCAAAUCCACACUUACAGCUCUGGAUUGCUUUCAAAUCGCAAAGAUGUACUUCAAGUGGGGAUAUUUUAAAAAUGCAUACCAGUGGUUGGGCUAUACAAAAAGCCGAAUGACGGAGCAGUACUCAGAUGUGUAUGAAGUCCUGGGAGUAACUCAAAAGGACGUGGCUUUGCUGCAGACCCGCUGCUUAAUGGAAUUAGGCCAGGUGGAUGAAGCCCACAAGUUGCUGUUGGCACAGCCCGAUCUCGCCGAGAAUGCGACAAUUCUGCUGGCCCAGUUCGACUCUUUUCCGUACAAGGCAAAUGAUAUGUCGCCCAAUUUGCCUGAUUACUUCAAGGAGCUCUGCCGUUCCUCGUUCUCCCCGAAACCGUCGAGACUUCAUUGUCGAUAUAAUACUAUCAAUUCACCCUUUUUGAUUCUGGCUCCUCUGAAGAUGGAGGAGAUCUCUCUGGAACCGUAUAUCGUGGUAUACCAUGGCAUUCUGCCCGAUAAAGAUAUAGAGGAGUUAAAGCGCUUGGCGGAACCGAAACUGAAACCCACCUAUGCGUUUCGAAAUGAUGAAGGUACUAGGAUCAGGGGACGUACCGCUUUGGGAGUGACUCUGCCCUACGAAAAUAUGGACCCAACAGGUGGACCAUUGUUGGAUCACCUCACCCAGAGGAUACGUGAUAUCACUGGAUUGAAAAUCCGCGACAGACAUCCUGUGAAUUUGUUCAAGUACGGAUUUGGUGCUCACUACGGUUCACAAUAUGACUAUUACAAUACGACAAAAUCGGAAACUGAAUUUUUAGGAGAUCGGAUCGCCACCGUUUUCUUUUAUCUAAACGAUGACCCACAAGAUGGUGACACUAUUUUUCCGUACUUAAAUAUGAAAGUACCUGCGGAGCGAGGAAAGGUUAUAUUCUGGUAUAAUUUAAAUGAAGAAACACACAAAGUGAGGCAGAGCACUUUCCAUGAAGCUUGUCCAGUUUUUAAUGGUUCCAAAUGGGCCAUGGCAGCCUGGAUACAAGAAAGGGAUCAAAUGUUUAUUCAACCCAUAAGUGGCAAGAAAAAUCUAUCAUUUGUUUAAUACAUUUUUUAUUUUUAUAAUCAAAUAAAGAGUUCAGCGAUUUUUAUUCUAUAUA